ACCGUUCUCACCUUGCAGAAAGAAAGAGGUAACAAGUCUCCCAGAGCGGAGUAGAAGGAGAAGUCUGAGACGUGGCCAUAAGAGGACAUUCCCAGCGCCUGAAUAGCGGUGAACGGUGAGCGUGGCGAAGGUGCUGAUGGCGGGAGACACACUUCUGGACAUGGGGGAUAGAGGAGAUGGCGAGAAGGAGUCGCGUGCGGAUCUGGAGGUGGAAUCCCAGCCGCACAAGAGAUUGUCCCAUUCCAUCGAAGAGAUUCUGAGGAGACCCACGUACGUCGGAAAGGGGGAACGAGUUCAUCGCGACUGGUCUGUUAUCACGGAGAACACCAGAAGAUCCAACCAGCUCACGCGUGCAGAAACUGCACAAAUCACACAACUCGAAGAGCCUCCAAACGGGACCACAGGAAGCUUAUGUCAGAGGAAAAAAAGGCAAACGAGGGUCACUUUCACACCCUUCCAGGUGCAGGAGCUAGAGAAGGUCUUCCAGCACACGCACUACCCAGAAGUCAGCAGCAGAGACCAGUUAGCCUCUCGCCUGCACCUCUCCGAGGGCCGAAUACAGAUUUGGUUCCAGAACCGCAGAGCCAAAUGGAGGAAGGCCGAAACGCUGAAGGAUGUAGAGCUGAUGAGCAGACAGCACAUGCAGCCAGCCGGUCGUCACCUGCUUUAUCAUGAGCUCUUACAGAAGGCCGAGCUGCAGGCAGCGUGCUGGCGGCCGUGCUGCGCACCGAGACCCCUUCGAUCGAGGCCGUUCCUCGCGGCGAUGGCAAUGGCCGGCGUGCUGACCAACACACAUUCCCCGGACCACAGGACUCUGUAUCUCCACCCGCCGGAGACGGACAGAUAGCGACUAGUAUUCUUAGAAACGAUGACACCGCCGUGCGGGAUUGCAUCACAGCGAAGUCGCCUGCACACCGACUGUUGGACUCAAAAUGUCAAAAAUGUGUAUACUGUGAUAACAACAGAAUUUUUUCUUUUUUUUUUACACAAUAAAGUUGACUUUUAAAGCGUGCA